UGACCCAAAAAAGAAUAGAAAAAAUAGACAACACUGAAAGGGUAUCUAAAACAGCAGCCUGCAUCGAGUUAAAGAAAUGGAGGGUUUGGAGGGCAAGAGAAAGGGAGCUAUGGCAACUUACUGUGUGACAGGAGCCACUGGUUUUAUAGGGUCUUGGCUGGUGAACACCCUCUUGGAAAGAGGCCACAUGGUUCAUGCCACAGUUCGUGAUCCUGCCAAGUGUUUGCACCUAUUAUCAUUGUGGACGAACACUGACCGGUUGAGAUUGUUCCAAACUGAUUUGGGAGAGGAAGGAAGCUUCGACGAGGCUGUGAAGAGCUGUGAUGGUGUAUUUCAUGUUGCAGCAUCAAUGGAAUUCAGUGUUACUGUAGAAGAAAACAUUGAGAGUUAUGUGCAAUCAAAUAUCAUUGAACCUGCAAUCAAAGGAACCUUGGAUCUCCUCAAAUCCUGUCUGAAUUCUGGAACUGUGAAAAGGGUUGUGCUCACCUCUUCCAUCAGCACUCUCACUGCUAAAGACAGCAAGGGAAAUGCAAGAGCUGUUGUUGAUGAAUCUUGUCAAACACCAGUUGAUCAAGUCUUGAGUGAAAAAGCAAAUGGAUGGGUUUAUGUACUUUCAAAGAUUCUCACAGAGGAAGCAGCAUUUAGAUUUGCAAAUGAGAAUGACAUUAAUCUGGUAUCAGUGAUAACAAGUACUGUUGGAGGUCCAUUUCUCACUUCCAAGGUUCCAUCAAGCAUUCAAGUUUUGAAUUUGAAGUUUAGUUUGUGA